UCCAGCUGCCUGAAGGAUUUUCAAAAUGGCAUUCUGUGUCGUCUUCGGUUGUUUAUAAUUGCUGUUCGCUGCGUGUUAAUUCGAUUUAGUCCCGUGUAAAGGAGCUAACUAAACUAAUAAGAUAAACAAAGUGACGCAGGAGCAUGUUGGAAACGAAGAGCAUAGCCGCCUUGGCUUUCACCGAGACGCCGCGCAAGCGCAAAAGGGAGACGCUAAAGGGGAAUGCCGCCCCGCCCCCGGGGGCACAACAACAACCCCUGGAAAAGGACGCACAGGAUGCAGCUGUCGCGGCAGCGGAAUCCUGCUUCACAAAUGCCGCAUUUAGUUCCACUCCCAAGAAACUGAUGAUUGGUCGCCGUCGCUUGGAGAAGUCCAAGGAGAACAGCCACCCGAAUCGGAAUCCGAAUCCAAAUCCGAAUCCCUUUCCCGGCCUGGAGGUCAAGUCCAUUGCCGAUCUGGCCCAGGAGCAGCUGCCGACGAAUCCCUUCGAGGUCCUGCGCCAGCCGCCCAAGAAGAAGAAGCGCGACCAUCUGGCCUGCUUCGAGAAUCCUGGCCUGAACUUGGAGCUGCCCGAGAAGCAGUUCAAUCCCUACGAGGUGAGUUUUUAAGUGAUCCGCCUGGCAGCGGCGCCGGCCAAGGGCUUCGUUAAUCCCGGCCUGAAUUUGCGGGGCAGCGAUGCACCCGCCUCGCUGAAUCCCUUCGAGAUCCACCGGCCCAGCGAGGCCUCGGAGGCGGCCUGCAAUCCCACGGGCGUGGCCAAUCCGGCGCUGGCCGAGAGGGAUGCGGAGGAGGAGGAGGAGCCGCUGCCCACCAGCCUGAAGAUCGGCCUGCCGUUCACCCCCACUCUGGGCUGCCGCAUCGAUUUCCACGGCAUGUCGCUGGCCCAGUUGACGCCCAGCAAGCUGCUCGCCGAGAAGCUGGUCUUCUCACCUGUUCCGGCGCCCAAGAGAUCGCUGGGCGCCAUCAGCGAGGAGUCCUCCUCGAUGGACAUUGGCAAGGAGCUGGAUCGUUAUCAGCUGGAGCUGGAGAACAGCAUCAACGAGGCCAAGUUGCGCAAGAAUGGCGUUCUGGAGGUGGAACAGCUGCCCAAGAGCACCAAGGUCUCGCUGGUCAUGGAGACGGAUUCGCAGGAGCUGCUAGUGCAGGAGGUGGACCAGCUGGAGAGGCGACUGGUUUGCACCCGCAGACGCACUCUCACCGAGAUCACCGAGGCGCAGGAGGAGCAGGAGCAGGAGGAGGAGGAGAAGGAUGCGGAGGCAGAGAAGCUAAUGGAGAGGGAGAAGCACUUGGAGCGGGAGAAACUGCAAGAGAAGCUGCACGAGCAGCUGAGGGAGAAGCUGCAGGAGAGGGUCAAGCUGCUGGAGAGGGAGAAGCUGCAGGAGGAGGAGGAGGAGCUCCUGGAGCAGCGGAACCUCGAUGUGGCCUACGCCUCCGAGGAUUCCGAGGACGAGGAGGAGCCCGACGACCUGGACUUCAAGGCUCCCGCGCGCUUCGUUCGAGCCUACAGACCUGCAGCGGCGGCCAGCAAGGAGUCCCUGCAUUCCAUCGCCUCCAGCAAGUCCUCCAAAUCGGCCGAGGUGAAGCCCAGUGGUGGGAUGAAGGGCAUGAUCAGGAAGUCCAUUCGCCGGCUGAUGCAGCCCACUCAUCAUCAUACAUCUCCUGAGAAAUCCGAGAAAUCCGAGGACAAGGAGGCACCUCAUCAUCACCAUCACAACAUCCUCACUAGCAUUCGGCACAGCCUGCGACGGAGGCCCCAGAAGAUCCCGGCCGAAGAUGCGGAGCCACUGCCCGCCGACAUCUCGAUCAUCGACACCAGCGAGCGGACCAUGAAGCUCCGCUCGAGUGUCGCCCAAACGGAGUACAUGACCAUCGAGCAGCUGACCAACGAGAAGAAGCACUCGCUGAGGAACAGCAUCCGGCGGUCCACGCGGGACGUGCUGCGUCAUGUGUUCCACAAGAGCCACGAUGCCUACGCCACCGCCAAGUGAGGAGGUGGUGGUGGGUCCAGGGAUCCAAGGAUCGGAUUGGGUCGAU